CUUUCGAUAAGUCAGGUAGGUCGGAGACGCUUUGUUCUGCGAGCUGAAAAUAUUUUCUGUCGCAAUUGUCAAAUUUUGCGAAAAUUUGUGAAAAUACAACGCCUAUAGGAUUUAAACAUUGCUUAUACAUUUUGUAAAACAAAAGAAGAAGCAGAAAAUUGAAUUCGACUGCGCAUACAAGCAAAAAUUACUAGACAGCGCAUAAGCACGUUUAUCAACUAUGGGGCGCCGCUGCUGCGUCGCUGGCUGCCCGUCGACUUCGCGUCUGCCGGAACACCAUGGCGUCACUUACCAUUCCUUUCCCCUGGAUGCCGUCAUACGUGCCAUUUGGAUAAAGAAUUCGCGUAUUAGCCUGGAUCGCCAGAUCACAAAGAGCGUGCUUGUUUGUUCGCGCCAUUUUCGUCGCCUCGACUUCCACACCAUACGCAAUGGCAAGUAUUUACUUAAGCCCCGUGUCUUCCCCACGGUCUUUCCCUGGGGAAAAAUGGAUGCCAGCGAAAUAGAAGCUGAUCAUCGGGCGCUACAGCAGGCUACUGUGGAUGGCGCUGCCGCUACGGGUGCAGCAAAUAACUCCACCAGUGAGGAUGUCAUCAAGGCGACGGUCGAUGCAAUAGUGGCACAAAUAUUAGCCGAAACGGCCGAACGCAAUGCAGCAGCGGCGGCGGCAGCCAUAGCCAAGCCCGAAGUAGAUGCCCCGAAGCCUGCGCCCAAGGUCAGUGACGAAGGCGUUGCAAAUACCAAUAGCGUUGCUAUUGAGAAAUCAGAGGAUGUGGCACCAAUGGCAGUUAGUGAUGCCGAGACACCCAAUACCAAUGCGGCCUCCCCGGCACCGCCGUCUCCACCCAAAUAUGGACCGCCUACCAAUCUUAUUAUAGGCGCACGCCUCGAGAAAUUGAACAGUGAAGGCGCUUGGAUGCCCGCACGUAUUGUCGAAGUCAAUGAUGCUGAGCAGACGCUGCUAAUACGCCUCGAUCGCAACAAUAAAUUGAAAACAUCGCCAACAACAAAUGGCGGCACUCAGGAAUGGAUGGCCAUAAAGUCAGAACGUUUGCGCCAACGUGUCAGUGCACGGGUGCUGCCCAUAUUCGAGUUGGAGGAGAAGUGUAUGGCCCGCUGGUCUGGGCCACGUAAAUUUCCCGGCACCGUCAAAAAGCUGCUCGGCAAUGACACCUAUGAGGUGCUCUUUGACGAUGGCUACACCAAGAAUGUGCGCGCCGUCCACAUGAAUAAGCUGCCGAGGCAAUUGGCAGCUAUUGAGGGUGUGGAGCCGCUGGUAAGCGUACCUGCUGCUAAACGCCCAAGUGGUGGUGGUGGAGGUUUUGGCAGCAACAAGAAAGGCAAGGCGACGCCACAACGCAAGGAUUGGCCGUUGCUGGACAUGUCCAAUUUAGAUUUCGCCGCUCUGGGUCUGCCUGAAAUACCACGCGAUGGCGAAUGGACCUGUCACUGGGUGAACGAUCAGCCCAUUGGCGCCGAGGGUUUUCUUAUUGUGGGCGAGCACCACAAGCCAACGGUUAUUGUGCAGGACUGGCGUCUGCCACCCGGCUGGAUUAAGCACAUGUAUCAACGUUCCAAUGUGCUGGGUAAAUGGGAUGUCAUACUUGUUUCUCCAAGCGGCAAGCGUUUUCGCUCCAAGUCCGAUCUGAAGGUAUUCCUAGAAUCCCAGAACCUCGUCUACAAUCCGGAUGUCUACGAUUUUAGCAUUCAUCGUCGUCGCGCCAAAGACAUCAAUGCAUAUGUCUACACACACGACUACAGUCCACAGCAGCCAUCGAAGCCCAAGCACAUGGACGUCUCUUUCGAUACGUCAGCGACAAUGGAGACGAGCACCACCAAGUCACCGGCUUUGUCAUCCACACCGGUGACCCCGGCACCAACGCGACGCGCCGCCGAGGAGAGUCAAUAUAUGGAGGCACCUGUAGCGUCCUUGAUGCCACCGGCCGAGCUAAUGUCGCCGCAAGCGCCGCAAACAGCUGAUGUGGCAGCGUCCACCAUGGAGACGAUAGUCGAUGGCGGCGUAUCUGUCCCCAGCCCAGCUCUGGGUGCAGAUGAAGGUGGAGGGGCGCCGGUGGAAAAUGGCUUCGCUUUUAUUGGUGGUCUAAAGGUGCAGAUAACAGACAAUUUGUUUGUGUGCCCACGCGAGGGCUGCGGCAAAACCUAUCGGAAGGAGGAUUUCCUGCAAAUACACAUACGGCACUAUCACAAGGAGUUUGCACAACAUGUCAGCCAUUGUCCCAAGAUGCAAGAGUUGGCCAUCAAACGCACACAUCCCUCGUCCACAGAACAAGCAGAUGCUGUGCCUAAAAAUCAAAUACCAAAUCAACAAUUCUUUGCCAAACUGCAUCAGCAAGAUAUACAGCAUUCGCGUUCAUUCCGACGCCAAGCGACGACGACAACAGCAACUUCACCUACUGCUGCGACGCCAGGCACGCCUCCUGCUUCUACAGCUGCAGGUUCACCUAACAAGGGAUUGGUGUCGCCGAAAUUGGAGCCGCCAAGCACACCAACAAGCAAUCAAGUGGCUUUAAGUCCAACUGUCUCCACUACAGCAGAUGCUACCCCUUCACAAUUGGAAACCGCCAAACAAUUGGUCACAUCACCUUUAGCGACCCAAAGUCGGUCCGCCAAGCGUUCACGCUUCUCGUCAAACCGAUCGAGCAAACGCCAGUCGGGCUCCAGGAAAAGUAGCCGACAGCGUACACAGCGGCGUGAUACGAAUCUCCAACAUAGCGUUGGACAAACGCUUUCAGCAGCUCCGGACUACGAGGAGACACGUCAGUCCUUCAACACUCCCACGCCGGAGGGCAGACGCAGUGGGGCGAGUGAGGUGAAGAAGCGCCGCAUCGGAAAUAUGGGUACGCCCAUUAGUUCCAUUGACUCGCCAGCCACUGCAGACUCUGUGUCUACGCCCUCGUCCAACGAACCUGGCGAUAUAAAUGCUGCUUUGGCACCGCCAUUAAAGACGCCCGGCCCUGCCCCGCAAUACAUUAAAGAGAACGGCGAACUAAUACGCAUUGUGCGUAUGCGGCAGGAGGAGAUUAUCAACUGUAUUUGUGAGUAUGGCGAGGAAGAUGGUCUGAUGAUACAGUGCGAGCUGUGCCUGUGCUGGCAGCAUGGUGCCUGUAACGGCAUUGUCAAGGAAUCGGAUGUGCCCGACAAAUAUGUCUGCUAUAUAUGUCGUAAUCCACAACGCGUACGCGAUUCUAUGCGCUUUAAACACGAUCAGGAUUGGCUGUUCGAGGGAAAGCUGCCUGUCGCCAACUAUCACACCUUCAAUCCGCAGGUUACGAGAAAGUUCGAGCUAUUGAAGCGUUCCCAUACACUCACCGGCAAUUUGCUCGAUGCUAAGCGUUCAAUGCACUCAUUGCUGGUCAAGAUUAACAUUGCCAAAAAUCGCAGUCAUCCCAAACUGUAUCUGUGGGCUAAAAAAUGGGACGAGGAUAAGGCGGAUAACGCCCUCACGCCAGUAAAGCGCAUUAAAACUGAAGCACCUGAUCUACCACAUGUGCCCCAACCAGAGGCCGCCAUUGAUCCAGAAGAGUGUCAGUACCGCCUCAUUGAACACGUAAAGGUGCAGCAAGGAUUAGUUAUGAAUCGCCUGAACGAUAUUGAAGCGGAAAUGGAUCAGCUUGAAAAGGAAGACAAUUUGGUUGAUCUGAAAGACUCGGAUAUAUCAGGCACGAAAGAGGCUGUUGCAACAUUCAUUAAAGAACUGGAGACACUUAAACGCCUGGCCAAGCUCAACAAUGUGGCUAAUAUGAAGAAGGCUCUGAAAGAGCAAGAGCUUAAUACGUUAACAGUGUAGAGUUGGAAACUUGUUUGCUUUGAAAAAUGAAAGAUAAAGUAUCCUCUUACAUGCAGUGGUUUAUAACUUAGAGAGCAUAAGCAACUCACAAGCAUCUUGAUCUAAGCGAUAAAUAAAAAUAAAGAGUUAAAAAUGAUGACCUCUAAA